CGGCGGCGUUGUCCAGGGUCGGGGAGAGGAUCGCGGGUGUGGGGUUGCCCCGGGAGAUCGUGGCUGCAGCUGUGAUCGCCUGAGGGGGGGGGGACCCCCACACACGCGCGCGCACACACGCACACCCCACCCCAGGCUGGGAGGGAAGGAGGCGGCAUGGCCUCGGUGUUCAUGUGCGGCGUGGAGGACCUGGUGUUCAGCGGCAGCCGCUUCGUGUGGAACUUGACCGUGUCCACGCUGCGGAGAUGGUACACCGAGAGGCUGCGGGCGUGCCACCAGGUGCUGCGGACGUGGUGCGGGCUGCGGGACGUGUACCAGAUGACAGAAGGCAGGCACUGCCAGGUGCACCUCCCAGAUGAGAGGAGACUGGAGCUGCUUGUUCAGCCCAAACUUUUGUCAAGAGAGUUGCUGGACCUCGUGGCUUCACAUUUCAACCUGAAGGAAAAGGAGUACUUUGGGAUAACAUUUAUAGAUGACACAGGUCAGCAGAACUGGCUCCAGCUAGAUCACCGCGUUCUUGACCAUGAUUUGCCCAAGAAGCCUGGCCCAGCCACUUUGUCCUUCGAAGUCAGGUUUUACAUCGAGAGUAUAUCCUUUCUAAAAGAGAAGAGCACGGUGGAGCUAUUCUUCCUGAAUGCCAAGGCCUGUGUGCACAAGGGACAGAUCGAAGUGGACAGCGAAACCAUCUUCAAGUUAGCAGCACUCAUUUUACAGGAAGCUAAAGGAGAUUAUACCAGUGAUGAAAAUGCCAGGAAAGAUUUGAAGACACUGCCAGUCUUUCCUACCAAAACCCUCCAGGAGCAUCCCUCACUUGCUUACUGUGAGGACAGAGUGAUCGAGCACUAUUUGAAAAUUAAAGGUUUGACUCGAGGUCAAGCUGUGGUGCAGUAUAUGAAAAUAGUUGAAGCUCUGCCGACUUACGGAGUCCAUUAUUAUGCAGUAAAGGACAAACAAGAACUUCCCUGGUGGCUUGGAAUCAGCUAUAAAGGGAUCGGCCAGUAUGAUAUACAGGAUAAAGUGAAGCCUCGGAAAUUAUUUCAAUGGAAGCAACUGGAGAAUUUAUAUUUCCGUGAGAAAAAAUUCGCUGUUGAAGUUCAUGAUCCACGAAGGAUUUCAGUGUCUCGGAGGACCUUUGGGCAAAGUGGCCUGUAUGUGCAAACGUGGUAUGCAAACUCUUCUCUGAUCAAGUCCAUCUGGGUGAUGGCUAUUAGUCAGCAUCAGUUCUACCUGGAUCGGAAGCAAAGCAAAGCAAAAAUUCCUUCUGCCAGAAGUUUAGACGAUAUUGCAAUGGAUUUGACAGAGACGGGAACACAGAGGGUCUCCAAACUGAUGACACUGGAAGCAAAAAGCCAGUUCAUCAUGGCAAGCAAUGGCAGCUUAAUAUCGUCAGGUUCUCAAGACUCAGAAGCCAGUGAGGAGCAAAAGCGGGAGAAAAUCCUGGAACUCAAAAAGAAGGAGAAGCUGUUGCAAGAAAAACUCCUGAAGAAAGUGGAAGAGCUGAAGAAGAUCUGUUUGCGCGAGGCCGAACUCACGGGUAAAAUGCCAAAGGAGUACCCGCUGAACAUAGGCGAGAAGCCCCCGCAGGUCAGGAGGCGAGUGGGCACCGCGUUCAAGUUAGAUGACAAUUUACUGCCAACUGAAGAGGACCCGGCUUUACAAGAACUGGAGAGCAAUUUUCUAAUACAGCAAAAGUUGGUAGAAGCUGCAAAGAAACUUGCCAGUGAGCCAGACCUCUGUAAAACUGUGAAGAAGAAACGGAAGCAAGAUUACACAGAUGCAGUCAAGAAGCUUCAAGAGAUUGAAAAUGCAAUAAAUGAAUACCGAAUUCGCUGUGGAAAGAAACCCAACCAAAAAGCAUCAGUGAUUUUACCAGAAGAUGUCAUCCCGUCAGAGAGCAGCUCCUUGUCUGAUUCUGCCAUCUAUGAUGAUCCCAAUGACACCUUCACUCUUGCUGGGCAGCGACCAAGUUCAGUACCUCAUUCUCCAAGAAUUCUUCCGCCCAAGUCUCUUGGUAUUGAGAGAAUCCAUUUCAGAAAGUCGUCUAUCCAUGAUCAGUUUGUGGACCCCAGGCAUUCCAGAGAGCUGCUGUCGACACACAGCAGCCCUUACAAAACCUUGGAGAGGCGGCCGCAGGGCGGGCGGAGCAUGCCCACUACACCAGUCCUUACUCGAAACGCCUACAGCAGCAGCCACUUGGAACCUGAAUCUUCAGCUCAGCACUGCCGCCAGCGGAGUGGAAGUCUGGAGUCCCAGUCCCACCUGCUCUCCGAGAUGGACAACGAUAAGCCAUUCUUCUCCCUUUCCAAAUCCCAAAGAAGCAGCAGCACAGAGAUCCUCGAUGAUGGGUCUUCCUACACCAGCCAGUCAAGCACUGAGUACUACUGUGUGACACCUGCCACCGGCCCCUACUACACCACCCAGACGCUGGAUACGCGUGCCAGGGGGCGGAGAAGGUCAAAGAAGCACAAUGCCUCAACUUCAAAUUCAGGAAGCAUGCCCAACCUGGCCCCAAAGGACAGUAUGAGGAAUGGCGUCUACUCUAAGAGUCAGGAGCCACCGUCUUCUAGUUACUAUAUUUCUGGAUAUGCGCCCUAUGCAGAGUGCGACCUUUAUUACAGUGGUGGCUAUGUCUAUGAGAAUGACACCGAGGGACAGUACACUGUCAACCCGUCCUACCGAUCCGUGGCCCACUAUGGAUAUGACCGGCAGAGGGACUACAGCAGAUCUUUCCAUGAAGACGAGGUGGACCACGUGCCCCAUAACCCAUAUGCAACUCUCCGGCUGCCGAGGAAGACUGCCGUGAAAUCGGAGCACAUCACCAAAAACAUCCACAAGGCCUUAGUCGCUGAGCACCUGCGGGGCUGGUACCAGCGGGCCUCGGGGCAGAAGGAUCAGGGGCACAGCCCACAGACGAGCUUUGACUCAGACAGGGGUUCACAGAGAUGCCUGGGGUUUGCCGGGCUGCAGGUGCCCUGUUCUCCAAGCAGCCGAGCAUCCUCUUACUCUUCAGUGUCUUCUACAAAUGCUUCUGGGAACUGGAGGACACAGUUAACUAUAGGGCUGUCUGAAUAUGAGUCUCCAGCACAUUCUCCUUACACCGGCUGCUACAGCAAUAUGUAUAAUCCUUUACCCUCUCCAAGCAGACAAUAUGCAGAGGCCAGUCAACUGGACAGUACAGAUGGAAACCAGUUGGAAGACAGCCUGGAGAGUAGUGAGCAGAGGCUCUUCUGGCACGAAGACUCAAAGCCUGGAACAUUAGUCUGAAUGCAAUGGGACCCCCGUGACCAAACACUGCAUUCCCACACUGGUGUGCCUUGUACAGGGGAUCUGACUUCCCAGAAGGCUGUUGGCUUUAGAACCCUGAACGUAUCAAGGUGUGAAGAGGAGACUCACAUGGCCCCAGAAGUGAACCACACGCUAAGUCCCACACUGGCCCUGAGUGAGGACUGCCUUCCCAACCUACCAUCAAGAUCUGACCCCACACGGAACCAUUGCCAAGAGAGGACUCAGCAGGAAACCUUUCUCCAGAGCAAACACUUUGCAAGGGAAUCAGUAUGGCUGAAGGCAAACUUCAAAACUGUGAACAUUUUGUUCAGGGAAUUGGUCCCACUGAACAAGACGACAGGGGAGAGUUCAGAGCACAACUGAGAGGUGAAGAAAGGAAGGUGAGAAGCUCCCAUAUUGAGCUCCAACAAGGUUUGAAUUGUUGAACUGACCAAGGACAGCACAGUGAUGUUUCUGCACAGAUGUGACCAUUUAGACAGUAUUGGAAAAUUACUUGAAGAGAAGUUUGGAUUUUCAUGAAGUUCUGAAUGAGUGUAAAUGUUUUUAGAAUAUGACAAAGAUGAUUAAAAAAAAAUAAAUAGUGUAAGAUGGGUUCUAGACAA